GAAAUUUGAAUCCACUAAGUUGACUUCAUGAUCCAUCAGUGGUUUGGGACUCAGUUUGGAAAACAUUGCCAUAUAGGAUUGAAAACCACUUGGUGAAUUUUUGGAUGAAGCCAUUAAUUGCUUGCCAUCAUGAGCAGAAGCAAGCGUGACAACAAUUUUUAUAGCGUAGAGAUUGGAGAUUCUACAUUCACAGUCCUGAAACGAUACCAGAAUUUAAAACCUAUAGGUUCAGGAGCUCAAGGAAUAGUAUGUGCAGCUUAUGAUGCUAUUCUGGAAAGAAAUGUUGCAAUCAAGAAGCUAAGCCGGCCAUUUCAGAAUCAAACUCAUGCCAAGCGGGCCUACAGAGAGCUAGUUCUUAUGAAAUGUGUUAAUCACAAAAAUAUAAUUGGCCUUUUGAAUGUUUUCACACCACAGAAAUCCCUAGAAGAAUUUCAAGAUGUUUACAUAGUCAUGGAGCUUAUGGAUGCCAAUCUCUGCCAAGUGAUUCAGAUGGAACUAGAUCAUGAAAGAAUGUCCUACCUUCUCUAUCAGAUGCUGUGUGGAAUCAAGCACCUUCACUCUGCUGGAAUUAUUCAUCGGGACUUAAAACCCAGUAACAUAGUAGUAAAAUCAGACUGCACUUUGAAGAUUCUUGACUUUGGACUGGCUAGGACUGCAGGAACAAGUUUCAUGAUGACACCUUACGUAGUGACUCGCUACUACCGAGCACCUGAGGUCAUCUUAGGCAUGGGAUACAAGGAAAACGUUGACAUUUGGUCAGUUGGGUGCAUCAUGGGAGAAAUGAUCAAAGGUGGUGUUUUGUUCCCAGGUACAGAUCAUAUUGAUCAGUGGAAUAAAGUUAUUGAACAGCUUGGAACACCAUGUCCUGAAUUCAUGAAGAAACUACAACCAACAGUAAGGACUUAUGUUGAAAACAGACCUAAAUAUGCUGGAUAUAGCUUUGAGAAACUCUUCCCUGAUGUACUUUUCCCAGCUGACUCAGAACACAACAAACUUAAAGCCAGUCAGGCACGGGAUUUGUUAUCCAAAAUGCUGGUAAUAGAUGCAUCUAAAAGGAUCUCCGUGGAUGAAGCACUCCAGCACCCAUACAUCAAUGUCUGGUAUGAUCCCUCCGAAGCGGAAGCUCCACCACCAAAGAUCCCCGACAAACAGUUAGAUGAAAGGGAACACACAAUAGAAGAGUGGAAAGAAUUGAUAUACAAGGAAGUGAUGGACUUAGAGGAGAGAACCAAGAAUGGAGUUAUCCGGGGGCAGCCUUCUCCUUUAGCACAGGUGCAGCAGUGAUCAAUGGCUCUCAGCAUCCAUCGUCAUCAUCAUCUGUCAAUGAUGUGUCUUCAAUGUCCACAGAUCCGACUUUGGCCUCGGAUACCGACAGCAGUCUAGAAGCAUCAGCUGGACCUCUGGGCUGCUGUAGAUGACUACUUGGGCCUUGGGGGGUGGGAGGGUUGGGGAAUCCGUUAGUCAUUGAUAGAACUUCUUUGAAAACAGUUCAGUGGUCUUAUUUUUGAGUGAUUUUUCAGAAACUGUAGAAUUCAUUUUGUAGUAAAGUAGUUUAUUUUUUUUAAUUUCAAGUGAUGUAAUUUAAAAACUAAGUUGUGUUUUAAAACAGCAACAAAACUCUAUUGUAUUUUUUGCUGUAAUUGUAUAAUGUAAACCUAAUUAUUUUUAUCGUGGUUUAAAUUUUUUGCAUAUUUGCUUUAUCUUAUGCUGCUGAUUUUUUUUUACUGAAUUUGUAAGAUUUUGUUUAUCAAAGCAACUAUUUGGUGACUUGCUUAUAUCAUGAAUUAUUUAAGAUUUUUAUAGUUUUUUUAUUAGAGUUUAUUUCAGAUGUUUUGUUCAUGAUGCUAUCCUUCAGGGUUAUGUGCAUAUCAGUGAAAUAACCCUAGAGGAGUGAGGGAAAAUAACCUGUAGCCAGUUAUAUUCAGGAAUAACUACUGUAAAUGAUGAACGUGUUGAGAGACCUCCAAUAUUUGCUACUUGCCAAUCCUAGUUUAGUUCCAGUAAUUGGUAGGUAGGGAUCCUACCUGAAUUUCAGCAGAGCCCCAUCAUCUAAAUGGCAGAAUAACUCAGAACAUGUCUUUGAAGAUGCUGGGUGUGCACCAACCACUACCUUCUUAGUCUCCCACCCCACCCAACAAAAAAGUCACGGAUUAUGGUGUAUUUUGCAAAUUUGUGGCAUGCUCAAAGCUUAUCCCAUAAAGUCAAGAGGAUACUUCAUGAAUAGUACAUUUCAAUGCAAAUAAACAGACGGUUCACUUAACUAGCUAUGAGCCUGUUUUUGUACACACUGAGUUAAUCUCAGACUACAGGUCUUAGCAGUGGUUUAGAGUCUGGUCUUUCCCUUUCUUGCAGCCUCCAGCCCUUGGGCCUUUCCAUUUUCCUAUUCCUUGGAGGUCAGUCAGUUGAGCACCAGUUCUCAUGGUGUUUUAGGCCAUUUGAUUCUACCUGUAGCAUAAUCACUUAUACAUACUAGCUGUCAGGAGGUUCCAGAGCCUACUUAGAUUUGUGUAGGUGAUGUAUCAAAUGAGCAAUAUACCGUUCAUCUGAAAAUAGUAGCACACAGCCAUAUAUAGGAUAUCAUUUUCUAAGGACUGUUUAUUCACAUUGAGCAGAGCAGGCAUAAGUGGUGGUUAUUUAGUCUGAGUCUUUGAUUUGUUAUACUCGAUUUCCAAUAUAACAUGCAGUGUGGACGCUGAGUAGUGUAAGAAUGGUGCUGCUCCUGACAAGUGUGUGCUAACUGUUUACAUUUUAUAUCUGCAGAAUUAUUUCUCUAUAACUGAACUUUUCCUGAGUAAAGUGUCAUUGAUGUCUCAUUAUUAUUUUUGAAACACAUUGUCUGUAAUGGCCCCAGGCACCUUUUGUUACAUCUGGAACAAGAGGGAUUUCAUGUAAUGAACUGGGAAGUGCAUUCUUACAGAAGCGGCAAGGUUCUAGGCAGAAACCGUUGGCGUUCAUGACCAACAGGAGCAAGAGCAGGUGCAGCUCAACAAAUGCCUGAAAGUUUGCUUGGCAUUUUAUUUGUAUACUUAAUGAAAAAUUCCUUUUGAGUUAAAGUGUUUAGGUCAUUGUUAAUGUGCAAUAUUUAAGAUUAAAAUACAUUAGCCUUUUUA